AUGGCCACACCAACAGUCUACGUCAGCAGCGCAACCGGACAGGUGGGCGGUGCCGUGGCUCGUCAGCUCCGCAGUCUCGGCUGGGAAGUGCACACAACGACCAGAAACCCCUCGUCGUCAGCGGCCAAAUCGCUGGCCUCUAUCGGCGUCAAGGUGCUCGGCGGGGACUGGACGAACGAAGCCGCGCUCUCGGCGGCCAUCGCGGGCUGCACCGUGGUCUUCAUGAACCUGAUGCCCGAUCUCGCCGACAUCGCCAGCGAACUCAAAGCCGCCGAGACGAUCCUGCGCAUCGCAAAAGCCGCCGGCGGUGUCUCACACAUCGUCUACAGCGGCGCCAUAACCCCGUCCGCGCCCCCUGAGUUUGGUCCGGAUCAUUUCCUCACCCGCGGCUUGCAGUCAAAGACAAAGAUAGAGCAGGCCGUCCGCGACGCCGGAUUCGAGUACUGGACAAUUCUGCGCCCGGGGUACUUCAUGACCAACCUGGUGCGGCCAAAGGUGCACUUGCUGUAUCCCGGCGCGGCUGAGAGCGGUGUCUUCAACCUUGCUUUUAACCCGGACACUCCUCUCGGGUUGAUCGACCCCGAGGACAUUGCUGCCUUUGCUGUUGAGGCGUUUCGGCACCCCAGGAAAGCCAAUGAGAAGGUGGUUACUCUCGUUGGGGAGACAGUGGCUGUUGAUGUGGCGCUUGAAAUGGUUUCGAAGAUGGCCGGCCGCGCCAUUCGCCGCGUCUAUUUGCCGGAGGAGGAAUUGGGGGAUACUCUGGCGAAGAAUCCGAGGAUGUACCUUCAGGUUCUUAUGCGCGACCUGUUUCGUGAUGUGGACGUCGACGAGGCGAAAAGCUGGGGUAUUACGAUGAGCAGUUUUGUGGAUUUCUUGGCGAGGGAGAAGAAGGAGGUUGAAGACACCUAUCGUCCUGCAGGGACUGACUAG